GGGGGAGGGGACGGUGCAAUCAGGGUCGCCAGCGAGUCGAGCAAAGGAAAUCUUCGGCGAGCCCUGAAGCCAGGAGCGCGCGGAGGCGGCCCAGAUCGGCGUUCACCUCCGCCCACACCCAGGGCGGGCCGAAGUGUUACUUUUGCAAUCGCUCGGGAGGGUUCCGCCGCUCUCUGUAAGCUGGCUGCGCCGCGGUUUCUGCUGCGGGCGGAGGGAGGCGAUGCCUAGGGGGCAUGCUGCUUGUUAGGCAGCACUCCGCAGGGAUUACGCCGCGUUUGUUUGCCCGUCCUGCCACCUGAGGCCGUCGCCCGGCCACCCGUUUCCGGUACAGACCUACCAGCUCUCCCUUUCGAACAGAACCAUGGGGCAUCCCCCGUUGGAGUUCAGCGACUGCUACUUGGACAGCCCCGAUUUCCGAGAGAGGCUCAAGUGUUAUGAACAGGAGCUGGAGAGGACCAAUAAAUUCAUCAAAGACGUGAUCAAAGACGGCAACGCUCUUAUCGGCGCAAUGAGAAAUUAUUCAUCAGCUGUUCAAAAAUUCUCCCAGACGUUGCAGUCCUUUCAAUUUGAUUUCAUUGGAGACACUCUGACUGAUGACGAGAUUAACAUUGCUGAAUCCUUCAAGGAAUUUGCUGAAUUGCUCAAUGAAGUAGAGAAUGAGAGGAUGAUGAUGGUACACAAUGCUAGUGAUUUGCUGAUCAAACCCUUGGAAAAUUUCCGGAAGGAACAAAUAGGCUUCACCAAGGAGCGGAAAAAGAAAUUUGAAAAGGAUGGCGAGAAGUUUUAUUCCUUGCUUGAUCGGCACUUACAUUUGUCUUCCAAAAAGAAGGAAUCUCAGCUACAGGAGGCAGAUCUCCAGGUGGACAAGGAGAGGCAUAAUUUCUUCGAGUCUUCUCUUGAUUAUGUAUAUCAAAUUCAGGAAGUUCAAGAAUCCAAGAAGUUCAAUAUUGUUGAGCCAGUCUUGGCCUUUCUUCAUAGCCUCUUCAUUUCCAACAGCUUGACUGUAGAGCUCACACAGGAUUUCCUCCCAUACAAACAGCAACUCCAGCUAAGUUUGCAGAAUACAAGAAAUCAUUUCUCCAGUACCCGGGAAGAGAUGGAAGAGCUUAAGAAAAGGAUGAAAGACGCUCCCCAGACAUGCAAGCUUCCAGGACAGCCAACUAUUGAAGGCUAUCUCUAUACACAAGAGAAAUGGGCCUUGGGAAUAUCCUGGGUGAAAUACUACUGCCAGUAUGAGAAAGAGACCAAAACACUCACCAUGACCCCAAUGGAGCAGAAACCAGGUGCUAAGCAGGGACCCUUGGACUUAACCCUGAAGUACUGUGUGAGAAGGAAGACGGAAUCUAUCGACAAGAGGUUCUGUUUCGAUAUAGAAACUAAUGAAAGGCCAGGGACUAUCACUCUGCAGGCACUUUCAGAAGCUAACAGAAGACUAUGGAUGGAGGCCAUGGAUGGGAAAGAACCUAUCUACCACAGCCCAAUAACAAAACAGGAAGAAAGUGAGUCAAAUUUUUGGCCUGCUGAUGUUAUCAUCAACUACCAUAAUGACAUGGAGCUAAAUGAAGUGGGAUUCAAGUUUGUUAGGAAGUGCAUCAAUGUCAUUGAGAGCAAAGGUAUCAAGACAGAGGGCUUGUACCGCACUGUGGGCAGCAAUAUUCAGGUUCAGAAGCUACUGAAUGCCUUUUUUGAUCCUAAAUGUCCAGGAGAUGUUGAUUUUUACAACAGUGACUGGGAUAUUAAGACAAUCACUAGCUCCUUGAAAUUCUACCUGAGGAAUCUUUCUGAACCUGUCAUGACCUAUAGACUUCACAAAGAGCUGGUCUCUGCUGCCAAGUCUGACAAUCUGGAUUACCGACUGGGAGCUAUUCACUCCCUGGUAUAUAAGCUACCAGAAAAGAACCGGGAAAUGCUGGAACUUCUUAUAAGACACUUAGUCAAUGUGUGUGAACACAGCAAAGAGAAUCUCAUGACUCCCUCCAACAUGGGUGUGAUCUUUGGUCCUACUCUGAUGAGAGCUCAGGAGGACACUGUGGCUGCUAUGAUGAACAUCAAAUUCCAGAACAUUGUGGUGGAAAUCCUAAUUGAGCACUUUGUUAAGAUCUAUUCAGCUCCACCUGAAGAAAGUGCUGCACCCCCUGUACCUCCACCUCGAGUGACAGCAAGAAGGCACAAACCAAUCACUAUUUCGAAGCGUUUGCUGCGGGAACGGGCAGUUUUCUAUACUUCUUCCCUGGAUGAAAGUGAAGAUGAAAUUCAACAUCAAACACCCAAUGGUACUAUCACCAGCAGUAUAGAAACCCCUAAACCACCACAGUAUGCCAAGUUGCCUAUUCAAAGAAGUGGGGAAGCUGAUGCUGGGAGGAAGUCCCCAAGUAGGCCUGUUUCUGAUGGCAAAUUAGAGGCUUGCCCUGAGGUGGAUGUGGGGAAGUUGGUGUCUAAGCUGCAGGAUGGAGGGAGCAAAGCCAUACCAAAGGCCACCAAUGGACCUGUUCCAGGCUCUGGGCCCACCAAGGCUCCCUCUUUCCACAUAAAGAGACCAGCUCCUCGGCCUUUGGCUCACCAAAAGGAGGGAGAUUCUGACAGUUUCAGCAAAUUGCGACCUCCAGGAGAAAAACCAACAAUUAGUCGACCCCCAGUGAGGCCUCCAGAUCCUCCUUGCCGGGUAGCAACUCCCCAAAAACCAGAAUUGAAACCAGAUAUUGUGGCAGGCAAUACGGGAGAUAUCCCAUCAUCUGUGGUGGCUUCCAGGACCAGGUUCUUUGAAACAGCCUCCCGGAAAACAGGAAGUUCUCAAAGCAGACUUCCUGGAGAUGAGAGUUGAGACCACAGGUUCUAAAAGCCUUGGCCUCUAGAGACCAUUUCCAGGUUCUGGAAGGGUCUUCUUCAAACCCUUGUGUUCUGAGUCAUUUUGUGAUGAGGAGCAGCUUCUUCCUGGCCCUGUGUCUUCAGGCUCUGGGAUGUCAUAAAAUAAGGGACACAUGUCCUAAACACAGGUUUAUUUAUCCUUCGUAUUCUGUAUUAAUUCCCUCAGAAUGUCUAUCUUGAGUUGCUGUAAGUCUGUGAAUGAUUGAACUAUCUGAAACCAGACUCUGCAGAAACAAGCUAUCCACUGACCUGAGUUGAAGAGAGGAGCUCAGUUUUCAACUCUUCUCCGAACUUCCUGUUUCUUCAAAAGGUCACUGAACUCUGAAAGAUUCCGGGCUAAAGACUGAUCUCGGGGGUCUUACUCUGAGCAAAAAGCUACUUGAGUUGGAGCCAUUGUUUACCUUGGAAGUGGGAAGUAGGAAUGUUUGCUGAACAUUGGAGAAGCUUAACAUGUGUCUUGUUCAGGAUACAGACUCUGCUACCAGGUUGGAAGUAUGGCACUUCGUAAUUGCCAAAAACCUGUCAGCUCCUCUGGGACCAUACGGCAUGGGUGAUGCCCCCACAACGCCAUCAUGUGGACUCAGGAAGGUGGCCUUCCUGCCCUUGCAUACAGCUGCAUAUGACAAAUCUGCAAAGCACGUUUUGCAUGUUAAAGCAUAGGCUUGUUUGAAUUAGUUUUCAUCCUGUUUUCUUCUGACAGCUUCCUUUCUAAGCAAUCAAGAAAGAAAGAAAGAAAGAAAGAAACUGAAAGCUCUUUUUAAAAGACAGACUUUGUCCUGCAAGAGUUCCUUUAGGGUUAAAUAUUAAGAAAAAUUAAGAUGGAUUGAGGUCGGCACCUGUCACUGUUGCUUUGUAUUUUCCUUCUACAGAUAAGCUCUUUUAUCUCCCAAAAGACACAUUUCUUAUCCCAGUGCCCAUGGAUUCAGGAACUUCAUUAAGCUUCUGGAAUGGUAUGCAGCAUUCUACAACAAUGUGUCUUUUCUGGAGAGAUGGUCCAUAACAUCCUACUGAAUAUCAAAUGAGCCUGUGACCCAAUAAAGCUUAGGAAUUAUGGCCUUCUAGAUAAAAAAGACUUUCACAAACCAAAGUACUUGAUUGGAAGAAACAUUCAAAAUCAUUUAUUCUAACACUUAGUUUAUUAUUGGGUGAACUAGGGCAGGACAAGUUAUGGUCAUACCGGAACAAUAUCCCUGAUCCUUGGGCUACAUUUCAAGGUUCUUUUCAUUUAACUGCACUUAUCUAGCAAGGGGCCAUUCUAGCAAGGGUCAGCAUUCUGAAAGUUUAACAUUUGCCUUUCAUGAGAUUCACAUAUUUUGUCUGGAAAACUUCUAGACAUAAGCUCCUGAUCUUACUCAUUGGACAUCUCAAUCAUUAGAAAGGAACCAAAACACAAUUGAUAUUGUGAAUCAGAAAUCUGAGGAGAAGGCAUUUCUGAUUUCUGUUUGUAUUGAUAGAAGGUAAACUACUGGAGAAAGUGUUAUUGCUUUAGUUCCUGUGCAGAUACACAGACCAUAGACUUUUUAGAGUCUAUGUGACUAGAACAUCACCCAGUGUGAAACAAAGGGCUUGCCUACUGGGACCCUUCUAGCCAAUCCCUGCUAGUUUACUGACUGUAUAUAAACUGAGAGAGAAGCAUAAACAUAGGGAGAGAGGAAUGAAAAGGGACAGGGAGAUUUAGAAAAAUGGAAAACAGAAUAUGAGAAUGCACUCAUAAACAAACCAACUCAGAUGCCUUUGAAACACUGUAACCAAAAGACAAUAUCUACUUUCAAGACUAAACUCUGAACAGGGGUAUUGAUGAGUUAGGAACACAUAGGAACAUUGUGGAAGUAAAUGAAUGGAAGUAUUGCGAUUCCCAAUGGAGAAAUGCCCAAGUUGAACAUUGAACUCUCAACUCUACCCUGUCCCAAAGGCUAAGUUGAUAAAAAACUAAGAACAAGAGAGCCAAUUAGAUAUUAUUCUAUCUGCUGCUCAAUGCCAAAGGGAGUCUCUGUGAGCCUUGGUCUCAGUACUGUGGCCUUGGUUAAUCCCAUUAGAUGAUGAAAGAGGCAGGCAUGUAGAUUUUGACCAUAAAACCAGAGGUCAAUGGGGCCUUGGCACCUUUCUAGAUGCUAGAGACAUGGUUUCACUCUGCUUCUCUUUGGACAAAAUAUCACAGUUAUCAGCACAAAUAUUGAAAGAUUAUCAAGAAACAGAGAAAAGCACUGUAAUCUCAGUUGAGUAGGUAUCCUAGAAAAAUGGCCAUGAGAUUGCUAUCUGCCCUAGGACAUAGAUGAAAACCUGGCCUAGAGAGUAGGAAUCAGUAUCUGGCUGGAGGCUGGGGAACAGUGAAAGCCCAGCCUUAUCUUGCUCAGGGCUAUCCCCAAAGAAUGCCAAAUAAUGACUGAGUGCCUCCCAUUUUGUGGUCUGAUUUAAAGUGUGGUGAGACACACUGAUGGAAUGACACUGGCUUGGCCCAUGUAUGCUGGAUGGAGAGUGACUCAGAAAAGGCUGUGGAAAGGAGGUGAUGAUGGAAGAGUAGCAACUAAGUACAUAUGCAUUUAGUCCUUACAGCAUUCACACAUGUAGAUGCUAUUUGCAUUUUAUAGAUGUAGGAUCUGUGACCUGGGGACUACUGGAACUGACUCAAGUUCUUACAGAAAGUAACGGAACUGUGAUUUGAAUCAGGCCUCUCUGACUACAAGCCAUGUAAUUUUCCCUUGACCACACAGAGACCUUAUUACUGGAGCUGACAUGACUCUUUUGCUUCUUGCCUGCCUAACAAAAUUUUAAAAAGAAUCAUCUGAGGGAAUGGAGAAGAUUCAGAUUCAGUUUACAGAAAAACUAAACUAUGGUGGAAGAAAUUUCUGACUUGGGCUUUCUCCUCACCUUCAGUGUACUCAUUUGGGAAUAUAUUUUUGAAGGAUCAUUUAAUUUUGCAUUGUGAAAUGAAGAAUUUAUUUUUUAGUUGGCAGCUAUUAAGUCCUUGACUUAAUAAUUUUUCAAAGAGAUAAGGCUCUUGUGUGUCUCCGAAUACUUCACCAAGUUUGUAAUAUAUACAGCUUCAGCCUGAGAGACAUCCUCACAUGCAAUUUAAGAAGUAGAAAAGGUCUUGGUUCCUCUGUGCUACUGGGUCCCUUGGGUCAAAUCCCUCAAAGUUUUUCUGUGUUGAUAGCAAAAGUCAAGAGAUUUAAAAUAGAAAAUAUUAUUGAAGUUUUUAUUUAAAAAACACAGGACACUUUUUUUUUUCCAGGUACCAUUGGGCAAAACUCAACAUCCAAUUUCAGUAAUAAAAUAGUAUCAUGUAGAGUACUUCUAAAAUAAUUGGCUAUCAUGGGAAAGCAUCCUUUCCUUUUCAAGUAUCAAGAAGCUCCUUGAUCCUGUAAUAACUAGAACAAAUAAAGUAGUAGAGGAAAAGGCAUUUCUGUGACUAGAGAAAAUUGCUUUUGAGAGAAUGUAGACCAAUGAUACUAUUUUUAAAGCAGCUGCAACAAAUGACCUUGACACACUACAAGCCCAGAUAAAGCUUCAGAAACAUUUACAAAAUUUCAGAGAGAAGCAAGAUCUCUCAAGGAGAUGUUUUUGAUAAAGAAAUGCCUUCAUUUUCAUAGAGAAAAGACCACUUGAUACCAAGGUCAUUGAUAGAGUCUACAAAGACUGCCUAUGUGAAAUAGGUGUGCAGCGUUGGAAAAAAGAAUGAGAUGCUGUUGCUCAUUCAUGUGAUUUUUAAUAAAG